AUGGUACAUAAUAUUCCUACUCUAUCAUCUCCAUUUUAUCUGUUCGACGAUGAUAUUUUUAUUAGAAAACCUUUACCAACUACCGCAAUAAUUGAUGGAAACAAAAGUAUAAUCGAUUUGAAUGCUGAUAAAUUUAAUAUUCAUAUUCACCCGCGUGAACUUUAUGAUGGUCAUAUAUAUUCGGCUAUCAAUAUAGGACUAAGAAAUCGAUCAGUUCCUUUACUUGGAGAUAAUGGUUUGUAUUCAAUUGCUUUUCAUGGCCCGCUACUUCUUUACAGAGAGAUUGGUACUAAAAUAUGGAAUGAAUUUCGACAAGAAAUGAACUCGUUAAUAUCCCAUCCAUUUAGAAUGCAUACAGACCCGUCAAUACAAACAUUAUAUAUCUACAUGGGUUAUUCUAAUUAUUAUAGUUUUUUGAAAACACGAAACAUAUUAAGAUUUGAGAUGUUAGGAAAUUCUAAUCCUAGCAUAAUUCAAAGAACAUUGAACAAUGCAUUUCUUGAUAAAUCCUCUUAUUUUGUAUGUAUAAAUGACAAUUUACCAUUAUUAAGUAAAGAGAUACAAAAGUGUUUAAACGAAACUUACGAAAAAAUUUUUCCAAAUCCUUGCUCGUUUGAAUAUUGACUUUUUGAAUUAAGAAUACUGCAUUUAUUGUUUAAUUAAAUAUAAGGUCUUUUCUUGUUUUAGUGAUAAAUUCACUUAAUUUUUUUUAUGAUGUUAAUGAAUAAAAUUUAUAAUAAAAUUUGAAAAUUUUUUUAAGGUAUAUAUGUCCUUCUUCAGUUUAUUUACUUUUCCAAUAAGAUUAUACUUUUGCUAUAUACAACACGUAUAAUAUCAAGGGGGAAAAUGCGAUACUCCAGGAGUGCAUACUCCACCCAUACUCCACACUACUCCACUCAUACUCCACUAGUACUCCACUGAUACUUCACCGAUACUCCAUUCGUACUCCAGUGAUACUCCACUCUACUCCAGUCGUACUCCAACCUUACUCCACUAGGGAUGCAAAGGUGAUGAUAACCGUAGGUACGGUUACUGGUCCAACUACGAUAACCGUAGGUGCAGUUACCAAGUUAAACCCAUUCGCAAGAAAAACGCCAUUUCAUGAGAAAAUAAAGAUAUUUUAUAAAGAUUGACGAAAGUAAAUCGAGGUCGGAGAAUCCGAAUCUGAAGUCAGUUUUUGAAAAUUUUGAAUUGAAUUUUUUCGACAAAGGAAAAUAUUUUACAGAAAAGUAAUUAUAUAUUAUAAAGGCUCAAGAAAGUAAAUCGAAAUCGAAGAAUCCAAAUCUGAAAUCAGAUCCUUGAACUUUUCAAUUGUCUCUUCCCAAAACUAAACCGCUUCUUGAAAAUCGUCUUUGUUUCUAGAAAGAUUUAUUCCUGAAAAACAUUAUAUGUGAAGACUAAAACUCAAAAUUUUCAAAAGCUGACUUCAGAUUCGGAUUCUCCGACCUCGAUUUAUUUUCGUCAACCUUUAUGAAAUAUCGUUAUUUUCUCAUGAAAUGGUGUUUUUCUUGCCAAUGGGUUUGACUUGGUAACCGUACCUACGGUUAUCGUAGUUGGACCGGGAACCGUACCUACGGUUAUCAGUUUGGACCGGUGAAACGGUGACGGUUAAGCGGUGAAUGAUCGUCACCGUUGCAUCCCUAUACUCCACUUGUACUCCAGUGAUACUCCGCUCUACUCCAUUCGUACUCCAGUGAUACUUCACUCUACUCCAGCCGUACUCCAGUGAUACUCCACUCUACUCCAGUCAUACUCCUGUCGUACUCCGCUCUACUCCAAUUUCUUUUUGGAGUAGAUGGAGUAUCGGCUUUUCUCCCUUGUACCAUAUGCAUUAUAUUAGAUUUAGAUGCGAACCUUUUUAGGACUCAUUCAUCUAGAAACAUGUUUCAAUACUACCAUCAAAUGCUCCUAGUACAGUAGAAAUCAACAAUGGUUGGGUGUGGGUGUGAUUGUAUAGUUGAUGACAAUGAAAACUUAGCAAAACGCGUUGUGAUUAGUCUUAUUGAAUUUUAUCACUUGCUAGUGAUGUAAAGGAUAGAAAUGUAUCCCCUCUACUAUGUCAUAGAAUAUGGUCAAAAGUUUAUAGAGAAAACUUGAAAAUUAAUAUACACUAGACAUAAUAGGCUAUUAUCAUAAAAGUUUUAGAAGAAAAACUAAUAUAUCGUGCAAUAAAUUUCAUUUUUAUAUUAAGUUUUAAUAGGAAUUCAUACAUUUAUUUAUCUUUCACUGAUUAUUAAAAAAGAAAAACUCUAGAAGUGAACCAUAUUUUACACUUCAUUCAAAUAAAAACAGUUUUGCAUUUAAAAUUUUGUUACAUCAUACAAAGCUGUUUGAGAGUUAUGUAUAUGUUUAGAAAAAAGUUUUGAUUAAAUAUCUUAGCUCAAAGACCUGUUUUUGAAUUAAACGAUUCUUUCGAUAUGAUGAUAUUGAUAGAAAAUCUUUUUCUUCAUGCAAAUAAUAUCAAUAAUAGAAUAUUAAUGAUUGCAAAAGUAAGAAGUAAACUAUUCAUUGUUGCAAUGUUUAGUUAUACUAAUAGAUGUAUUAGAUAAAAAUGACUGUUGAAAAAGAUUUCCUUCAAACCAUUUUCUUUUUAAAUCACCAAGAACAUUUGAUUCUCUUAUUGAUAAUAAAACAACACCGAAAUCGUUUGCAUAUAACUAUUGUUCAGAAUGGUGUGGGUGUGUGGUGUGGGAAUUUUUCUGUUCGCAUAUCUCACACGAAUACCCACAAAAUAUCUAAACUAAUCUCGUGACUUAACAUCAAGUUACAGUUAUUUCUGUUUUGCAAUUCAUUUUGUAUUAGAUGAUAAAGAAAGUAGGCUCAAGUGAAUACUGAUUUAAUGCGGAACGUUUCUUUUCGAAGUUCUGUUUUUGAAGAACAAUGAUUCCCAACUAAUUUUAAUCUAAGAAUACGUCAGUCGAAAAACUCGGUUUCCUGUACAUGUAUUCAAGCAUAUUUUCUCAGUUGGUUAGUUGAGAGGUAUUAUGAAUUCUCAUCAACCAAUAAAACAUCUUGCUUGAAUCUCAUUGGAAACGGAUAUUUCGAUUUCGAUAGAUUUUAAUCGAACUGCAUAGAAAACGUCUGGUUUUGAAGAAUGUCUUUUAUAGAAAAAAAGGAUAGCAUGAAUUUCGUCGUACUGACUUUCGCACUUGACUUUCGGCAAUUGUCAAAAGUUGUGUUUUUGUAAAAUUUUUGACUGUAAACAGGAGGGAUCUUUGGCAAUAGCCAAUAGUUCAGUUUCAGCAACUAUCGGAGAUCUUAAUAAAAAUAUUAAUCAACUAAUUAAUUACAGUAAAGAAACCACACUUUGGGCAUUGUGCGAUUUCAAGUUUCCGGAAGUCCUUAAACAAUAUUAGUAGACUUUAUGAGUGAUUAUAUCGUCUAAUAACACAUACAGUUUGAAUUGAUCAUGGAGAAGGUGUGUGAGAGAAUGUAUCAAGAUGCUAAGUACGCUUUUACAAGAAUUCGG